UUUUCUUCUUUAGAAAUCAUAAUGGAGAGAAACCUCAAAAGGGGUCGUCAAAGAAUUGAAAUGAAAAGGAUAGAAAUUGACGACCAUAGGUAUGCAAGUUUUUCCAAACGAAAGGUUGGGGUUUUCAAAAAGGCUAGUGAGUUAUGCACUGAGUGCAAAGCAGAUGUCGGCGUGAUAAUUUUUUCUCCGGCUGAAAAGACACACACUUUCUUUAGCCCUAAUAUAGACAAAAUUGUUUCAAGUUGCUUUGGGAAAAACCAAAUUCCCAACGACACGCAGCCACUUAUUGAGGAGCAUGAGAAAGCAAGAGCUGACAACUUAAACCAGCAACUUGAUGAGGUUGAAAUUCAAACAGAUAUUCAAGUAGGAAAAGCCAAGCAAAUGAAUGCAGUGUCUACAAUGAAAGAUGAAUGCGGCUCAUUGGGGGUACUAGAGGAAGAAUUAGAUAGCAUGGAGAAGAAUGUUCGACUCAAGUUGAAAAUGGCUAAUUUCAUAGUUCAAUUGGCUAAUCAUUCCAAAAUGUUGAAAAAUUGAGAUUCAGCAUGAAGGGGGCUUCAAAAUCAAACAUCAUUUCUUCAGUUUUUUUUUUUCAAUUUUCGUUUAUGUUUUUUGUAACUCCAAUAAAGAAAGAAGAUCAUCAUAUCAUUUUUGUUUCAAACUUAUGAAAUUACUAUAUAUCUAAUUA